AACACAAGAAAGGGAUGACACAUGCCUUAAUCGGAUCUUUUCUUUCUUAAUUCCAUAUUAUUAAAAACAUUUUCCGGAGAAGAAGACAAAACCAAAGCUUCUUGUCUGAAACGAACCAGCCAUUCUAAAGAUUUUUACAAACAACUUUUUCCCGAGAAAAUCUCAAGUUUGAGGAAGCGAGAAAGAGCAACAUGGAAGAAAAAGAAGAAGCAGGAGUGAUGGAUGAGAGAAUAUAUGUUGCACUAGGGAGAGAAAUAGCCAAUAACAAGUCAAAUCUGGCAUGGGUAUUAGAUAACUGUCAAGGGAACAAGAUCUGUAUCGUUCUUGUUCACCGACCUCCUCAAAUGAUUCCUGUCUUGGGUACCAAGUUCGAUGCUGCAACGGUAGAUGAAGAAUUAGUGAGAGCAUACAGAGAGAAACAAAAGGCGAAAACAGACAAGAUUCUUGAUGAGUACCUUAGAAUUUGCUUGCGGAAAGGGGUCCAAGCAGAGAAGCUGUGCGUUGAGAUGAACUCGAUCGAGAAAGGAAUUGUGCAGAUGAUUUCUGAGAACAAAGUCAGGAAGUUCAUCAUGGGAGCAGCUUCAGACAAACAUUUUUCAACGAAAAUGGAGGAUUUGAGAUCAAAGAAAGCCAUCUUCGUCUGCCAACAAGCUUCUGCUACUUGUCAUAUACGGUUUACCUGCAAAGGAUAUCUCAUCCAUACAAGGGAAGCUAGAAUGGAUGAAGUCCGAGCUCUCUCAGCUCUACUAUCUGACUUUCAACGGCUUGUCACCUCACAAAGUAGCGCCAAUUUAGAUCAAGACAGUGGAGGUUCAAAGAGGAAAAGUGAGCAUGAAGAGGGGGAGGAGGAGGAGAGAACAUCACGAACCAGCUCUUCUCGGUCUGCUAGUACAUUGUCAUACUUUGGAGGAUCUGAGGCUUCCUCAAGUGUAAGUGUAAUGGAAGAGAUAUCAAACCGUUCAUCUCCACCAUCUUUACCGGUAAGUCCUGCGAUCCUGAAUAAGAGAGAAUCCUUUCUUUUUGUUUCUUUCCUUUGCAUUUCACCUGGCUCAUGAAAUGCCUAACGGUGCUGAUCCACCAGUGCAGCGGAAUGGGACUGGGCAUGAUAACCUUCCUGAUUAACUCCACCAAACUCUGGCAAAGGCUUGCAAUUCAAAACCAUAAGCAUUGUGAAUGACCCCACCAUUACCUGAAAAGCUACAUAAAGAAGACGAGGACAAGAACAUAAAGCUACAAAGAUCUUGAUCACAUCUGUAAAUACAAUGUAGCUCAUAUUUGUAAACCCAAUUGUGAGGAGAAGCUGCUUUGAGUCCUCCACUCUCCUUAUCUUGUGAAUGUGAGGCUUUGUAAAUUAUCUUCUUUAUAUUAUUCUUGCGUUAAAAUUCAAAGAACAAAAAACAGAAAGAUAACCAACAAAUGAG